AUUGAAAUGUUGUGAAUAAAUAAGGAGAAAAAAACCUGAUGAAAUGCACUUAACAUCUCCAUUGAAGCGCACUCAUCAAUUCAUCUUCAUUGCACUCCACGUUCUCCAUUUAUGAGAUAGGUGACGAUGGAAAACAAACAUGGUAAGCGUAGGAGGCGUUUUAAGCGCGUACAUUUACCUCUUGAGAUGUGGCUUGAGAUUCUAUCUAGACUGCCAAUCAAGCCUCUUGCGAUGUGUACUGUUGUGUGCAAGAAAUGGAGGAUUUAUGAUCUCUGGGCCUAAAACUAAUCAACCGAAAACAUAUCGUAUAAUACCCUUGCCAAAGCUUUUGGAUGGGAAACAUUUGAGCACAAAAUUAAUGGUAUGUGACAGUACACUCCAUCUAUCUUAUUAUGAUAUUGGUACACUCUGCAUUUGGAGAUCUGAUAAAGAAAUUCGAAGACCUGGUGCAACAUCAGUAACCUGGGCAUGGAUUCGCAAGCUUGUGAUUACCAAUACCUUGGAGUUAAGUAUAUUGCCUUUCAUCAAGACGAAUGCUCAAAAACACCUAGCCAAAGCUUUUGAUGCCGGUCAUAGUGUGGUGCCACUCACUUGCCUUCGUGAUGCUCCCAUUAUCUUCCUCCUUGUCAACUCGACUACCAUUUAUGCAUAUAAUUACACUAUUGACUUCUUGGAGAAAAUUGGUGACAUUAAAGAUUGUGAUGAUGUAGCUUGUGUAUCUAUAUUCAAGCCAUGUUUAAGAUCGAUCCCUACCCAUGGUAUUUGAGCAAUGUUAGCAAAUUUUUUGUAUGUAGUAACUACUAAAGGUAUAAUACUUUAAAAUAAGUAAAUUGAUAGCGGUUCAUGGAGCAAAUUGAUGUUCUUUUCUCUUCAAUUAUCAGUGCUUGCAUAAAUUGAGGUAUAUAUAUUAAUUACUAAUCUCCCCUGAUUGUUUAUUAAAUUUAGAUUUCUGAUUUUUUUUUUUUUCCUUUUACGCUUAAUGAUUGCCCAAUUUUAUAAAGGAUUUGAUACUUCGUAAUUUGUAUGCAUUGCUUCUCUAGUUUGAAGCAUUUAUCCAUAUUGAUCUAAGUUUGGAAGGAAGUUUUAGUAUGUUAAUUUACUUUAUUGCUUUAUUUAGAUCUUUUGUUGUUUUCUGAUUUAAUUGUAGAACAAGAUUUGACAGUCUAAACAUUUAGUCAACUUGCUAAGCACUAGAAUUAGAUAUUAAAGUAAAACAACUGUAUGUUUCAAAAAAAAGU